AUAACCACAGAUUGAAAUAGCACCUCACUGAGUACUGGUAAAAAUAGCAUUAGAAGGUUGGCAGCAGUGGAACAAACAUCUGCAAUGGUGAGAGUGUGUGUGAUAUCUAGAAAACAGAAAUAAUGUGUAACUCAUUACACAGAUUUAUUUUUCAUGUUAAUAAAUCUACUAUUUGUGAAAAGUUAUUACUCAGUUAUCUGAUCUAACUGAUUAAUCACACAAUAAUCAGUUACAUAUUACUGACAGAAAUGGAAAUUACAAUUUGGAAAUGUAUUAUUGGAAUAAAUUGUGAAAUAGUUAUCAGCUGAUGUAGGAUGUAGGCAGAAGUAGUUAUAAUAAGUGAGUGACAAUCAUCAGUGGAUAUGAAGGAUGGAGCCUUUAACCAUUGUAACUCAGAGACCUAAAACGGAACUGACUAUUUUCCGGUGGGUGCAAAUGAUUGUGAUCAUCAUCGUUAUUGUCUGCAACGCAUAUUACCUCCAUGUUGUAAACACAAGAUAUGUGCCAGUGUCGUUGAGGUGUGAACAUGAGCUUCUCAACAAACUUGAAAAUGUUGCUGACUUCAAGAUUGGUGACGUACUAAUGGAGGAGUUCGAGUAUUCCCAAGGAACUUUUUGGACUGACACUAACACAGUUAAGGGAUGUCCUUGUCAUUUAAAAACUUGUGUAGUUAAGUGUUGUCCUUUUGAUAAGAGCUUUCACUCAAAAUCUAACCUAACUUGCUCUAAAGACGAUUCAACGACAGUGUCUUCCACAAUAUUGAACACAACAGUUUAUUACAGACUAAAGGAUUCUCUAAGGGAUCGACUUCACAUUAAAAUAACCAAUCAAAGUGACUUUGAUGUGUUUAGUAAUACUAAGUGUUCACAAAGUAAAACUGAAAGACAAAUCGUGACGUAUGAAGAAGUGGAGGAAGCGGUUUUGAUUGAAGACGGAAUGGUGCUAACGCAAAAUCUAGCUUAUAUAGAUGUAGAUGAGUAUUGCAUUGAAUUACUUAAUGGACAAAGCAAAAUGUUUUACGUGGAUUGUGUUGAAAAUUACAACUCUAUAGAAAACAUAGCAAAAGUCAUAUACGAAUUUAUUGAACCUGAAGGAUGGUAUAUCUCCCAAGGAUGUUUAGUGAUAACGCUUCUCAUCUAUGUCACAUUACCACAACUUCGAAAUCUUCACGGAAAGUUGCUAAUGAGCUAUUUGAUAGCUUUAAUUCUACUGAAUACGGUUUUUUUCUCAAUAUUGGUUUUGCCCUUUAAAGUACCACUGAUAUUUCUACAGUUCUGUAUCUUAACCAUACCGAGUUGGGUGACAGUGUUGUGUGUGGACUUGUGGCUUGUUUUCAGUAGGCCGCUACGAUUUCGCCAUGAUUCACGCUCUGGCUCUCGCCCUCAGUGGGGGAGGUUCCUGACCUACUCUGCAUUUGGCUGGGGAAUUCCCCUCCUCUUCUGCACCCUUACGCAAGCAGUUGGUGUCAAUCCAGGAAUGUCCGACUCCUGUCCCGAAUUUACGUUAAAGAGAGACCCUUGUUUUUUCAAUAAGAAUCGAACUAUAAAAUUAUUUCUGUCUUUCCCAACACUGUUCAUGCUAGAAAUUAAUUUUGUACUGUUUCUCUCGCUCUUGUUUCAUUUACGUAAUCACUUUAAUCAGACAGAAACCAUUUCUACCGAAUCCUCUAGGCGACAUGCUCGGUUCGCUAGACAUAAUCUCCGUUUGUACUUCAAACUCGCUUUUAUCACUGGAAUCGACUGGCUAUUCAUACACAUUUGUAUAAGUGACAUAAUUGAAAACGAAAUCUCUGUAGUACUUGCCUUAAUCGUAUUUUACUGCCAGGGUUUUAUUAUCUUUGUAAUUUUGAUUUGUAAUCCAUAUGUUUGUAGACUUAUACGUCAAAAAUUGAGUCCAUUAAAAGAUGUGCACACUUAGUGUUUUUCGUUCUGUAUCAACUCAAUACAUACUGUCCUAUGAUAUUUUGUUUGGCUAACAGUAAAAGUUUGUGAUAUAAGCUAUGUAUGAUAGUAUUAACAAAACAUUUAACAAAUACUUUCUUGAUUUAUGAUGUCAUUAAAUAUGACAAACACAAAUGUUUGGCUCCAGUUUUGGGUGUGGUUAUGUAAAAAUUUUAAC